CGUAGAACGGGGAUAAUAAUAAGAUCACAACAACUUGAAUAGUCUCAGAAGCGCUUCCGACCCCACUGUGUUUCCCUUCCUCAUUGACCCUUACUUUCGCCGUUACUGCUCGUCGUAUUCAACGAUGAGUACAAUGUCUGACUCUCAGCGGCAGAGUCUUUCACAUCCAUUUCUUUCUCAUCUCAUCGCUCUCCUGUCGGCUUAUGAACUAUGUCCCAUGUCAACACCAUCUCCGCAAUAUAAUGGGCCCGCAGAUUGGCAAACAGACACUAUCCUCCGCUCUCUAGGGGCGGUUGCACGUAGAAUGUACACUGCGGAGGAGACUCUGGCUUCAAUCAAAGCUUCGGAGUGUUGGCAGACAAAUGGGCCAGAGACAAAGAAAAGACGCAGUUCCAGCACCAAUAUCAAUACUUUUGCCACAUCUUCCAGUUCACCAGGAUCAACUUCUUGUUUUCAGAACAACUCCUCAAACCUCACACCUACUAUAGAAUCGGUUGAUGUCGACAUGCAGGACGCCGAUAGCACGAAUGGUGUAGCCAAUAUCGAUCGCACACCAGUCAACAAACCACACUCCGCUCGUGCAGGUUCGAUGUCCUUAUCAUUCGACGGACUUCCAAGUCAUAUUGAUGCCGCGACACUCCUUCGGUCAUUCUCAAGCGGAAGCUCAAGCUCGGCACCUCCCACAUCGCACAUCGAACACAUGGCUUGCCCAACAUGCGGCAAGGCUAUUACCGACACUUUGAUGAUAAGCCGAAUUAAUAGCAGCAGCUUUGAUGGCUCCCCCGGCGGAUCUCCUCUCGUCAUCCCUCCUGGUCCUCUUGCUGCUGCGGCAUUCGAAAGCGGCAUGAGCGCCGUCGAAGAACUAAGGUUACUCAAGGCUCAGGUUCAAGAUGUCGCUCGUGUGUGCAAUGCCGUGGCCAGGGGUGACUUGUCCCAGAAAAUUACGGUUCCUGUGCAGGGUGUGGUCAUGGUUCAAUUGAAGGACGUCAUAAACACUAUGGUCGACAAAUUGGGACAGUUUGCCAAAGAAGUCACUCGUGUCAGUCAAGAAGUCGGUACAGAAGGUAAACUCGGUGGACAAGCUCUCGUGUUGGAUGUCGAAGGUACUUGGCGGGAAUUGACUGGCGUCGUCAAUAAAUUAGCUGCCAAUUUGACCAGUCAAGUCCGAAGCAUCGCCAAGGUCACUAAAGCUGUCGCCCAGGGGGAUUUGUCGAAACAGAUUGAUGUCGAUGCUCGUGGCGAAAUCCUCGAUUUGAAGAAUACCGUAAACGGAAUGGUCAUCCAGCUCCGUGCAUUAGCCGCCGAAGUCACCCGGGUCACGUUAGAAGUCGGCUCUCAAGGCAAGUUGGGCGGUCAAGCGCACGUACCAGAUGUUCAAGGUGUUUGGUUCGAGUUGGUUCGCAAUGUUAAUCGGAUGUGUUCAAGCUUGACGGACCAAGUGCGGUCUAUUGCCAAUGUUACAACAGCUGUUGCUAGGGGUGACUUGACACAGAAGAUUGAGAUCCAGGUCGAAGGCGAGAUGUCAACAUUGAAGGGCACUGUCAACUCCAUGGUGGACCAGCUAAGCGCCUUCGCAUCCGAAGUUACUCGUGUCGCGCUUGAAGUCGGUACGCAAGGUAUAUUGGGUGGUCAGGCUCGCGUAGAAGGUGUGCAAGGUACCUGGGCUGACUUGACACGCAAUGUGAACAAAAUGGCUAGCAAUUUGACUGACCAAGUACGAUCGAUCUCGGAGGUCACAAAAGCUGUCGCCUUGGGCGAUCUAAGCAAAGUCGUCAACGUCGAUGUGCAGGGAGAAAUGCUAGAUUUGAAGAUGACUGUCAAUUCUAUGGUUGCCCAAUUGUCUACGCUCGCCAAUGAAGUCACUCGUGUGUCUUUGGAAGUAGGUACGGAAGGUAUCUUGGGUGGGCAAGCGUAUGUUCCCGACGUGCAGGGCAUGUGGAAGGUUCUUACAGAUAACGUCAACCUCAUGGCCAUGAAUUUGACCAAUCAGGUGCGGUCGAUUGCAGAAGUGACAAAGGCUGUUGCUGGUGGCGACUUGACGAAGAAGAUUGAGGUCGACGUGCGUGGCGAGAUCAAGGAAUUGAAGGAAACUGUCAACGGCAUGACCGAGAGCUUGAGUCUCUUCGCCGAUGAAGUCACUCGUGUCGCAAGAGAAGUCGGCACGGAAGGACGAUUGGGAGGUCAGGCUCGCGUCACUAACGUCGGUGGUACAUGGAAGGACUUGACGGACAACGUGAACGUCAUGGCUGCUAACUUGACCUUGCAAGUCCGAACCAUUGCUGUUGCAACCACUGCUGUCGCACGCGGAGACUUGACUCAACAAAUUACUGGUGUCUCUGUGUCCGGAGAGAUGCUAAGCCUAGUCAACACUAUCAACGACAUGAUUGCUCAAUUGGCAAUCUUCGCCAAGGAAGUCAAGAAGGUCGCAUUCGAAGUCGGUACAGAGGGUAAAUUAGGUGUCCAGGCUGAGGUGGGCAACGUCCAGGGUAUCUGGCAAGAAAUCACGAUGUCCGUCAACACUAUGGCCGGUAACCUGACCACGCAAGUGCGUGGUUUUGCCCAGAUCUCGGCAGCUGCUAUGGACGGAGAUUUCACUCGCUUCAUCACUGUUGAGGCUAGCGGAGAGAUGGACUCUUUGAAAACACAGAUCAAUCAAAUGGUAUUCAAUCUACGUGACAGUAUCCAGAAAAAUACCGCUGCGAGGGAGGCAGCUGAGCUGGCGAACAGAAGUAAAUCUGAAUUCCUCGCGAAUAUGUCGCACGAAAUUAGGACGCCCAUGAACGGAAUUAUUGGCAUGACGGAGCUUACUCUUGACUCUGAUUUGAACCGAUCGCAACGAGAGAGUCUGCUCUUAGUGCACUCGUUGGCUCGCUCGCUACUUCUCAUUAUCGAUGAUAUAUUGGAUAUCUCGAAGAUCGAGGCUGGUCGAAUGACCAUGGAAGCUGUCUCAUACUCCCUCCGUCAAACAGUUUUCGGCAUACUCAAAACCCUUGUCGUCCGCGCCUCUCAAAACAACCUCGAUCUUACAUAUGAUGUCGACCCGGACAUUCCUGAUCAACUCAUCGGUGACUCGCUACGACUUCGUCAAGUCAUUACGAACUUGGUGGGUAACGCUAUCAAGUUCACACCGUCUAAGGUCUCCCGCAAAGGCCACGUUGCACUUAGCACAAGGUUACUGGCGCUGGAUGACUCGAGUGUGACACUAGAGUUCUGCGUCACCGAUACGGGGAUCGGCAUUGCCAAAGAUAAAUUAAAUCUCAUUUUCGACACGUUCUGUCAGGCAGAUGGUUCGACAACGAGAGAGUAUGGGGGAACCGGUCUAGGCCUCUCCAUCUCCAAGCGCCUCGUUAACCUCAUGCAAGGCAACAUGUGGGUCGAGAGCGAGGUCUCGAAGGGAAGCAAGUUCUUCUUCACGAUCACAUCGCAGAUUUCCCAAAGUACGCUGGAGACCACACUGCAAAAGAUGCAACCAUUCCACAGGCGUGCUAUUUUGUUUGUUGACACCCUCAACGACACCACUGGAGUUGUCCAAAGGAUCCAGGAGCUCGGGCUGAGGCCAUAUGUUAUUCAUGAUGUCAGUGAAGUGGCUGAUAAAGAACGCUGUCCGCAUAUCGACACUAUCGUCGUGGACUCGUUGAGCAUGACCGAGAGUAUCAGGGAAUAUGAGCAUCUUCGCUAUAUUCCCAUUGUAUUAUUAGCGCCUUCGAUGCCACGUCUGAAUCGUGAGUAUGCGAGGAUGUGCUCUGGUGAUAUGGGGUUGACAGUAGUAGUUAAAUGGUGCUUGGACAACAGCAUCAGCUCGCAGGUUACGACUCCAGUCACAGCUCAAGAUCUUGCCUCCGCGCUUAUUUCCGCUCUGGAAUCGAAUACUGUCUCACCUGUCUCGGCACCAAAUGAUGUUGUCUUUGACAUCCUGCUUGCCGAGGAUAAUAUGGUUAACCAGAAACUAGCAGUCAAGAUUCUGGAGAAGUAUGGCCACACAGUCGAGAUCGCAGAGAAUGGAAGUCUAGCUGUCGAAGCUUUCAAAGCACGGGUGCAAGUGAGCAAGCCAUUUGACAUUAUCUUGAUGGAUGUAUCGAUGCCUUUCAUGGGAGGAAUGGAGGCCACUGAGCUCAUCCGAGCGUAUGAGAUGCAUAAAGGACUCCUACGGAUUCCUAUCAUCGCCCUCACUGCUCACGCUAUGAUUGGUGAUCGCGAGCGAUGCCUGCAGGCAGGUAUGGACGACCACAUCACCAAGCCUCUUCGUCGCGGAGAUCUAUUGAAUUCGAUCAACAAGCUUGCAGGGGAGCGCGCACAAUUAGCCACGCAGCAUCACCUCCUCCACAGACCACCUGCCCUCAUGGCACCAUGACUGAUGUUUUUUUGUGUCAUUUCAUUGUUUCAGGUUUUGUAUACCCUUGUAUGAUGUGGAUUCCAGUCGAUGCUUCUACUGACGUUUACGGCUUUCCAACGCUACCCCUGUCAGAUUAAUCUGUACGAUAGCAUGUUCGUGGCACUCAGAAUCAUUGUGUAAUCUCAUGUAUUUGGAUUGGUUCAUUAUAUAUGCAAUUGUCUUACUCCCAAUCUGUCUGUUUAGGUUUGAUUCUUAUUAUUUGUGCCUUGUCGACCGAAACCUUGUAAAGGUACUUUAGCCAAGAAUGACGCAACAAACAAAUGUAUUUAAACUUUG